AUGAAUAAGAAGAGAGCAACCGUUUAUUUUGUGAGUACUUUAGCUGUAUUUGCGGGUAUUGAAGCUGGAUGUAUUAUUCCGUUUACCAGACUUUACGAAAAGGGAAUAGAAUGGCCAACUACCUUGGUUGGAAUUAUUGCUGCAGUGUUGUUGGGUGUCGGGUUAUUGCCACCAUACUGGGAGAUUUAUAAGCGUGGUGGUCAGGUGGUGGGAAUCAAUUUCAUCUUCUUGACAAUUGAUAGUGGUGGAGCUCUUUUCAGUACUCUAAGUUUAGUGUUCCAAAAAGGAUCUCUUGAUAUUUUGGGAUGUGUCCUUUACAUCGUAAUUUUAGUCCUUGAAGGGGGGAUUUUUUUAUCACAAGCUAUUUGGCUUUUAAGGACGAGGAUAGUGCGCAGAGCGGCCAGCGAAGAAAGAGUUUGCUGUGAUGAAGUAGGCAGUGGCUUGAAAGGUGAUAAAUUGGUAUUGUCAGAAGCGAUUCCUGAUGAAAAUGAGAUAGUAUAA